CAGUAUCAGGUCUUAUUGAUACAGUCGUUUUAAUGGGUGCACCUGUUUCGUGCAGUGAAUCAAGCUGGGUGAAGGCGCGCAAAGUUGUCGCUGGUCGGUUGGUCAAUUGUUAUUCCAAGAAAGACUGGGUCUUAAGUCUCAUGUAUCGGUACCAUAAACUGGUUACGAACGCGGCAGGUAUCGCCCCUGUACAUGUAUGUGGUAUCGAGAAUGUUGACGUUUCUGAACUUGUUCCUGGUCACCAGCACUAUGCAACGAAGAUCAAAGACAUAUUGCUCUUGGUAGGUCUGGAAGACUCCUACUUGAAAAUGAAUAAAUGAUAUUCCACCAGAACGAAAGAUUUGGCGAAAUGAUGUAGUUGAAAGAUAUUAACACUAUGUGGAGGACAAACAUCGUGACUUUAAGAACGAG